UUUUGUGGUUAGGCGGGGCGUGCAUAGUUGUGUUUGGUUAUGCGGCUGAGGGUGGGUGGGCGGUUGUCUCCCAAGUGCUUGUGUUUGGUUCCCUGGUUGUGUGAGGUUGGGGCGUUUGGGUCCCAGUUUGUGUGGAGUUGUUUGUAGUGUUUGGUGUGGCGUCUGUGCGAUGUGUGAAGUUGUCAUGCCUGCUCUAUAGGGUCGAGUCUUUCAUGUUGUGUGUGGUUAUGCGACGUAUACAUAAUCGUGUUGAAUUAUGUGGCGGGUGUUGUGUGCGGUCGAGGCGGUGAUGAGUGCUGCGACUGUGGGCUGUGUAGUGUAUGCGGCAUGUAGCCGGGUAGCAUUCAUGCUGGGUGUAUAAUUUCAGGAUAUGUAGGUUUUUUGUUUAUUUUUAACGUGGUGUAGGAUGUGAGGGGCUUGCAUAUGUUAUGGUUGUGGGGUCUGGCUUGGUGGUUUGUAGUACAUUUCUUUGGUUUGUGUUGUGUUUGGUUAUGUGAUUUUAGAGUUUGUUCACGCAUUCAUUCAUUGUUGAGGCUUUAUUGAGUUUCUUCAUGGGGAUAAGGUGGUGGGAAAAACGCACAUGGUCUCUGCCCUUACAGAACUUAGAGUCUUAUGUACUUAGUUAUUUUAUGUAUUUGUGAUUAUAAAUUGAUAUAAGUGCCCUGAAGGAAGUGCAGGAGCUGUCCCAUGGUAGAAUGCCUCAAUAAGGGGCAUUUCCUUGAGGAAGUAAGGUUGGGUUGAGAUGUGAAGGGGGUAUGUGUGUGUGUGUGUGUGUGUGUGUGUGUGUGUAGUGUGUGUGUUUGAUUUGUGGUUGUUAGGGUGAAUGCAUGGGAAGGAAGGGGGCUUUCAGAGUCAGGGCAUCUGAUGAACCACUGGCUGCGGUGGGAACUGGAGCUACUAUUUCAGUGACUGGAAAAGGGACUGAGAUCUGUGUGUAUAUAGUCAUGGGGUUUCUUAGAGGAAAAAAAACAGGGUUCUGGUGUUUCAUUUGUUUAUUUUCUGGGUCACAGCUACCCUUCAGUUUUGAGGAGCAGGCAGUCCCUCCUCACAGGCCCUCUCAUCAGCUCCAUCCAAAGCUGAGGGUCAUGUAUUUCCUCUUACUCUUUCCUGUGGUUUGUGACCUCAGGAUUUUGCAGAGAAAUUUCUCCACUUUUGUAGAAUGGUUUUGUCUGGAUUCUCCCUAUGACUGGGAGUUUUUCUGAGGUGACAUUGGAAGUGACUUUGCCAUGGCCCAAUAAAAGUGAAAAUGUAACUUAUUAAGCCCUGAAUUGUUUAAGCACCAAAUCCUUUUGUUUUUGAAGCAGUGAGAACAUUAGGCUUGCUGUUCAACUGUCAUUUAUUGGCUUAUAAAAUCCAGUAAACUCAUUGUAGAGAAAGUACUCUACAAAUAUAAAGCACAAAGUAGAUUUUUCUUUUUACCACUGGGUUUCUAAUGCUCCUCCUUAGACUAAGGUUGGGAUUUUUGUGUGGUUGGUUUUGAUUUUACUUUUGUUUGUUUUUUUUAGGGCAGACACUAUUUCUUUUUCUAUUUGCAUUUUUGACAUAGGUGUAAGAGCUCAAUAUAUGUGGUUGACUAAAUGACCAAGGUGAAGAGUCAAAAAUUUCUGUAUGUUGGUAAGUACUUCAGACAUUUCCCCAGUGGCUAAAAUGGCAUACAAAUUAUGAAGUUGGACCAGUUGGAGUGAAUGUUAGAGAACUACCUUGGUAUUGUUUGCUUUUAAAGUUGAAUUUUCUUAUCUUCAGGAAUCUGUGCUCCCUACUUCAUUGAGUUGCCAUUGUCCAGUGAGGUUCUCAAAUCUUUAAAGGUUUUGUGUUUUGGUGUAAGGAUUUGAGAAAGCAGUUUUGUGUUUUCAAACUUGUACUGAACAAACAUUAAGAAAUCUUGUUGAACUGUGAAAAGAACAAGAAAACUCUCAAUUGCCGCUAAUUUGCCUGAAUGGGCUUUUUUUCUUCCCCCUCCCCUCCCCGCUCUUUCCUGUUUCAAAGCUUUUCCUACUCCAAAGAGGAAACCUCAUCCAGGGCCAUGAUACCACUUCUCCGUCAUCUGUGUGCUGCUUGGUUAAGCUAAUGCUGUGAGAGCCCUGGUCCCUUGUGGAGGAAUCAAGCUGACUGUUGGCAUGAGGACCCUGCCUUGCAGGGGUUGAGAGGGACACUGCUAUGGCUUCUCUGGAUGACCCUGGGGAAGUGAGGGAGGGCUUCCUUUGCCCUUUGUGCCUGAAGAACCUGCAGUCUUUCUAUCAGCUUCAGUCACAUUAUGAGGAAGAGCACUCUGGGGAAGACCGUGAUGUCAAAGGGCAAAUUAAAAGUCUUGUCCAGAAGGCUAAGAAAGCCAAGAAUAGGCUGUUGAAACGAGAAGGAGAUGACCGAGCAGAAUCAGGAACACAAGGAUAUGAGUCUUUCAGUUAUGGAGGGGUCGACCCUUACAUGUGGGAACCCCAGGAACUAGGCGCUGUGAGAAGCCAUCUUUCUGACUUCAAAAAACACCGAGCUGCCAGAAUUGACCACUAUGUUGUUGAAGUCAAUAAAUUAAUAAUCAGGUUAGAGAAGCUCACUGCAUUUGACAGAACAAAUACCGAAUCUGCUAAGAUACGAGCAAUAGAAAAGUCCGUGGUGCCUUGGGUCAACGACCAAGAUGUCCCUUUCUGUCCAGACUGUGGGAAUAAGUUCAGCAUCCGUAACCGCCGCCACCACUGCCGCCUCUGCGGGUCUAUUAUGUGCAAGAAGUGUAUGGAGCUCAUCAGCCUCCCUUUUGCAAACAAGCUCACCAGUGCCAGCAAAGAUUCCCUGAGUACCCACACCAGUCCCAGCCAGUCACCCAACAGUGUCCAUGGCUCCCGCCGGGGCAGUAUCAGCAGCGUGAGCAGUGUAAGCUCCGUCCUGGAUGAAAAGGAUGACGACCGGAUCCGCUGCUGUACACACUGCAAGGACACGUUGCUCAAGAGAGAGCAGCAGAUUGAUGAGAAGGAGCACACCCCCGACAUUGUAAAGCUCUAUGAGAAAUUACGACUUUGCAUGGAGAAAGUUGACCAAAAAGCUCCUGAAUACAUCAGGAUGGCAGCAUCAUUAAAUGCUGGGGAGACAACCUACAGCCUGGAACAUGCCAGUGACCUUCGAGUGGAAGUGCAGAAAGUGUACGAGCUCAUAGAUGCUUUAAGUAAGAAGAUCUUAACCUUAGGCUUGAACCAGGACCCUCCACCACAUCCAAACACUUUGCGGCUGCAGAGGAUGGUCAGAUACUCAGCUACGCUUUUUGUGCAGGAAAAGUUGCUGGGUUUGAUGUCACUGCCAACCAGAGAACAGUUUGAGGAACUGAAAAAGAAAAGGAAACAGGAAAUGGAGAGAAAGAAGAUCCUGGAGAGACAGGUUGUCCUGGAAUCCCAGCAACGGUUUGAGGAAAGGCGGAGUGACCUGGCGUCUCGUGCGGCCAAUGGGGAGGUGGUGUCCCUUCGAGGGGGACCUGCCCCCCUGAGAAAGGCUGAGGGCUGGCUCCCGCUGUCAGGAAGUCUGGGGCAGAGUGAAGACUCGGACCCCCUCCUCCAGCAGAUCCACAACAUCACAUCAUUUAUUAGGCAGGCCAAGGCUGCCGGGCGGACAGAUGAAGUGUGCACACUGCAGGAGAACCUGCGGCAGUUGCAGGAUGAGUAUGACCAGCAGCAGACGGAGAAGGCCAUUGAGCUGUCCCGGAGGCAGGCCGAGGAGGAGGACCUGCAGCGAGAACAGCUGCAGAGGCUUUGUGAACGGGAGUGGGAACGAGAGAGGGAGCAGUUCCGGGCUGCGUCCCUACAUACACGGACUCGGUCCCUGGACUUCCGAGAAAUCAGGCCUUUUCAGCUGGAGCCUGGCAGGGAGCCUCGUACCCACCUUGCUUAUGCUUUGGAUCUAGGCUCUUCCUCAGUUCAGAGCAGUGCAGCUGCGGAGACCCCUAACCCCAGCUCAGCUCUCGAGCCAGCCAGAGUGUGGUCUGGACCCCCAGCCCUCGGCCAGGAAUUCUUCCCCCAGAGCAUGAUAUCACAGCAAAAUGAGCUGGCCUCCCUAAACCCCUUCGAUGAGGAAGACCCCUCCAGCCCCACAGCAGAGGGCACUAUCAGCCCUCCUGCUGCAGAGUGUUCCUUUGGCCCUUCAGUCUCCAUUCUCAAAGAAUACAAUCCUUUUGAGGAAGAAGAGGAGGCUGUUGCAGGGAAUCCCUUCAGUAACCCAGAUAGUCCAGCGCCCAACCCCUUCAAUGAUGAAGAUGAGCAUCCCCACCAGAGGCCCUCAAGCCCUCCUGUUUCUGGCAACCCCUUUGAGGAAGCCCCCUGUACCAACCCCUUUGAGAUGGACAGUGACAGUGGGCCAGAGGGCGAGGAGCCCAUAGAGGAGGAGCUCCUCCUCCAGCAGAUUGAUAACAUCAAGGCGUACAUUUUUGAUGCCAAGCAGUGUGGCCGCCUGGAUGAGGUGGAAGUGCUGACAGAGAACCUGAGGGAGCUGAAGCGCACCCUGGCCAAGCAGAAGGGGGGCACCGAAUGACCCCCCUGACUGUGGGCAGGGCAUCUUUGGGCCCAGGGCCUGGCAGGAGCCUGUGGAGCAGGACUAGGGCUGGUGGGCCUGGUGGGGCAGGAGGAAGGGUGACAGCUACGAGGCACACAGGUCAGGGCAGGGAAUCUGCUGUUUCGUGCUGUGCACUUGGAGGUUUUUCCACUACAGUUGAAUAAUAAAGUGGAAACCAGAACAGGAAGAACCAGCAUUCAUUUGCUGUAUUUCCUGGGGCUUUUAAAAGAAUUUUUUUGUUUUUGUUUUUUUGAAUCGGGUUUUCCCUUUAGAAGGGAUUUUAAAUUUUCAUUACUGAGUAGAACUAAAUGCAGUUCUCUUGGGCAGCCCUCGUGGGUCCACUUGCUCCUGCCUAGUCUUUGGUCUUGAUGCAGUAUUAUAGGGCACUUUCUUUGGCCAAGACAGACUCGUUGGAUUCCUUUAAACCUUACUCUGGUCUGACAGAAGUCUGUCCCCCUAGGCUGUGGGUUCUUUCACCUGGGGCUUCCUCUAACCUUCUGGGUACAUCCCACCUGUGCAGCAGAAGGGGGAGCUACUGCUAUGAAGGCAGUAGUUCAGACCCAGGAGAGCCCAGCACCUCUUUUUAAGAGGGGGUGGUGGGGGGUGAUGUUUUACCAGGGCAUUUCCCUGUCAGUUUAAGUCAUUGUUUGUCUUUCAGGAGGCUAAACUUCAGUGCGGGGGGAUCACUGGGUCUGACCAUGGUCUGUUUAGGAAAUAGGAGUGGUGAACUUUUUGGUUGAUGGAGGCAGUAGUAUUUGGGAGCAGAGUUGUCUACCCAAAUGUUGCUCUGAACGACUGACGGAACAAUUGUCUGUCCCCAGCGAAACCUCCCUCUAGAACUUUGGUGAAAUUACUCUGACUUGGGCUUUUUCAGAGGGCCCAGUCUAUAAUAUAGGAUUGGUAAUCAGGAAGCUUUUGUGGAACAUUGCCAGGAGAGUGGAAGCUUCCCUGAGUCAGAAGAUAAAUUAAAAUGAUUUUCAGGGCUAGUUGAUCAGCCUUCUUCCCUUUUGGUUCAUCCUGUCGUGACCUGGGGCACCAGUGGGGUAUUUUCCUACCAAUGUUUAGUAUUAAGAAAUGGAAGUGUUUGAAGAGGCACAACCCAGGAUCAUUCUAGUAGCACCAUAGUACUUGAACUCUUCAUCAAUUAAGGGCAAAAAGGGAAAUUGUUAAUUUAGCUCUGGUGCUUUGGUUUACAUAAUCCUUAACUGAUGUCUGACAUCAUGAUACUCAAGUGUGCUCAGCUCUAGGUAGAGUUCCUGCAAUUAUGUGUUUCUGAUUAAAGAACAAUAACUGACCACUAGUCACUUUAUACCCCUUAACUAACUAUGGGUCAUCCUUUCACUGAUUACUGGUGUGAGAGCUGAGAUUCAUUUUGUUACCUUCUGGGAAGACCACUGUUGGUCUUGAGAAUGUUUGAAGAACUGUGGUGUAAAGGUAGUCUGUAUUUUUGUUGACACUAUUCACAUUUCUUUGGCAUCUGUUGGAUCUUUGGGCUGAAUGGAAAGAUCUUGCAUAGGGGUGUGGGAAUGGGAUAUGGGUGGAGGGUGUGUGGAGGACGCUUUGCGUUGGGGUUCUGUUCACAAAGGAAUAUGAGUGGAUUACUGAUGUCAACCAAGUUCCCAGCCUUGUUGAUUAUUGUGGUUGGGAAGUUGACAACCAGGUAUCUAAAGUAUUGCCUGGCACAGGCAUCUUUCUUCCUUCUCAUGCCCUUCCUGCUGUCGUUGUGGAGGGUUUCAUGGCUGACUGGCAUGCUUCCUACUGCUAGUCUGUCAUUGCUCUCUGAUCGAAGAGGACGACACUCUGCAUGCACCAAAAAGCAGGUAGUUCCAGAAGCUAAAUGCUGCUUUCCAUCAUAGUUACUUUUCUUAUGAGAAUUUAUCUCUUCAUUAGCUAGUGAUUUCAAUUCAGACUAGUUUACUGAACAUACCCUUUUCCUGAAGUCAAUCCAGGUAGCAAUCUGUAAGUAACUAAGAGCAUUAAGAACCACACGUAUAAGAAACAUUAUUUUUAAACUUAAAAAACAAAAAACACUGAAUAUACUAAACCAAACUAAAACCUUCUGAUGUGAUUAAUUCUUCCAUGGGUGUAUUCUUCCAUGAAUUCUUCCAUUUAAUUCUUCCAUAGCUAUAUUCUCCUAUAAUCAUAGGCCUGACCGGAAUUAGAAUUCUCUAUCCCUAACGUUUCCCAGAAUUCACACAGGCACAAAGUUGGAUUUACAGAGAUUGGUUAUCGUCAGGGUAGAUAAAGAUGGCCCAUGAAUUGCAGCCACAGCUUCAAGUGCUUACCUCAUGUGAAUAUUUCACUCUUCCUGCAGUCCUUCAAGGCAAACAGCUCCAUCUCAUGAGAAAAUGAGCAAGUUCCUGAUGCAGCGUUGGCAAAUAUCCCUAGGCCUAAAUCAUGUAUGGAAGAGACUUUGGGAAUUCAGGCGUCAAAUGAAGUUGGCUUUUCUUUUUUACGCCUUGUUUGUAUUUUUCCAUGUCUAAUACACUAAGGACACUUAACUCAUUGUACUUGCAGCUCAGUGUGUCUUUGCUGUUUGGAUACUAAAGUGUACUUCUGAGUCAUCAUGUACCAGGUGGUAGGUUGGACACAAACUGGCAUAAUUAGGCCUUGGUACUCAAAGAGAGAAGCUGGUCUCUUUACCAGGUCACAGACUAUUGAAGCAGAUUGUACUGGUCAUCUGACAAUGACAGCUUGAGCGUCAUUGUUUGCAUGCACUACUCUGGGGCCUUGUAUUGGAACCUUUUUUUAAAAAAAUAAACUAACACAUGUUA